AUGCUGUCAAGAACGUCUCUGUCUCUAGCCAGCUCUUCUCGACUAGCUAGCUGGACGUCUUCCUACUCGACCAGGCUCACCACCGCAACAGCAACGGCCAGCAUCUCCCGAAGUCUCACUACCACUUCAACGCUUCGUUCUGGGAGAGAAGGUGCACGACCUUCUUCGUCAUCGAAUCGCAGCCAGGAUCGCUCGGACUAUCGUCCUCGCCGCAGGGAAGAUGGCGGUUCGGCGUCGGGCAAUCAGCGUUCGGGUGGUUCGAACUAUGGCAACCCGGUAGCGCAGUACAGCCGCAACCAGCGAUUUGCAGCUGACGGCACGAGGAAGCGUCUACCUCAUCCGAAUGCCAAGCCGAGAUCGGAUAGGGAUGCGAAUAGUAACCAGAAUCAGAGGGGAAACCAGUCAAGGGAUAGGAGGCCGAGGGAAGGAUCUAGUCGUAGCGGCGGAGGCGAAGGAUACUCGUCUCGGCGCGGUGGGGAUGAUUCGACGAUGAAGUUCGGCGCAUCUGCUCAGGACGGGCUGAGGUCAGGAUCGCAAGCGAACAAUGCAGCUGCGAAGCGGGAUUCCACUUUUUCGAGGUUGAGAGCUCGCAACAGCCCUUCCGAAGAUGGUGAGGACCGAGGAGCUCGUGGAAGAGGGGCUGAUAGGUUUGGAGAAGCGGGUGCGAUCGAAGACGACGCUUCUACGUCUGCAGUCAGAGGAGUUCCGGCAGAUGAAGGUUUGGGGGACGGCAGAACCGCCCUCGAGAAAUCGGAUCGACACCACACAGCAAAGCAAAAGAAAAAGGAAGGUCGAGGCUCCCUUCUCGAUCCCGAAUUCGACCACGAUCGCAACUCGCGACGACCUUCUACCUCCCAUUCGACCCGACAGCCCCGUCACGCUUUCUCCUCCAAAGACAAUGACGGCCUCCCUUCCGACCUCGACCGAGCACCGCAAACCCCACGGAUCAAGCCGAAACUCCUCCCCAAGGUCGACCGAAACAUCUUCCUGCCCUCCGUCAUCUCGGUCGUCAUGCUCGCCACCCGCAUGGAGAAAAAGCUUCGCGCGGUACAAAACGUCAUGACUGACCUCGGCAUGCCCGACACGCGUCCCGAUCUGAUGCUCAAGUUCGAAGACGCCGAGAUGGUCGCUGCCGAGCUCAACGUUGUCGCCAUCCCGAACGACGAAGCUAGUUUCGAUAUUUAUCCACGACCGCCGCCGGCAUCGGCGGAGGAAGCGGCGAAUUUCCCGUUGCGUCCUCCCGUGGUGACGAUCAUGGGACAUGUGGAUCACGGUAAGACUACGCUGUUGGACAGGUUGCGCUCCACUUCUGUGGCGCAGGGUGAGGCUGGAGGUAUCACGCAGCAUAUCGGUGCGUUCAGCGUACCCAUCAGUGGAAGGGAGCAAGACAAGGGCAAGAAAAAGGGUUACAAGGGGAUUCAGACGAUCACGUUCCUUGAUACACCUGGACACGCUGCGUUCACAGCGAUGAGAAGUAGAGGCGCGAUGGUGACCGACAUUGUCGUGCUGGUGGUUGCCGCCGACGACGGCGUCAUGCCUCAAACGAAGGAGGUCAUUCAACUCGUCAAGAACGCCAACGCGGACAUCGACACGGACGACCUCGCAACGCAAUCUCGAGUGCAGAUGGUCGUAGCUCUCAACAAGAUCGACAAGCCCGAUGCCGAUCCGGAACGCGUGAAACGAGAACUGCUCGCCGCCGGCGUCGAACUCGAGGAGCUCGGUGGAGACGUUCCCUGCGUCCACGUAUCCGGUAAAACGGGCAGGGGAUUGGAUUCUCUCGAAGAGACCGUUGCGACGCUCGCCGAGCUCGCCGAACUGCGUGCUGAGAAGACCGGCUUACCCGAGGGCUACGUGAUCGAAUCGAAAGUCGACAAGGGCAGAGGCAACGUCGCCACCGUCCUGAUCAAACGCGGUGUGCUCAACAAGGCUGCUCCGAUCGUCGCGGGCACGGCGUGGUGUAAAGUGCGACAGAUUCUGCAUUCCAGCGGACGACCGCUGGCAGCCGCUUUCCCGGGCGAUCCUGUGCUGGUCACGGGUUGGAGGGAGCUACCCAGUGCCGGAGAUAUGCUGUUGGGAGCGACGGACGAGCAAUCGUGCAAGAAGGCGUGUGAGAACCGGAAGCAGUUGCAGGAGCAAAGAAGGCUGAUGGAGGACGUGGAGCAGAUCAACGAGGCGAGGAGGGUCAAGGCGGAGGAGGACGAGAUGGAGGCGAAGCGGGAGUUUGAGGAGAGGCAGAGGAGGAGGGCUGCUAGGUUGGCAGCUGACGAUGGCAAGGAUCCGCUGGCUGUACUUGCUGCCAUGGAGUCGUCUGCAUCUGCCGCUGCGGACACUGCUUCAGCAAGUGAUCUCGAACAGGUCGAAGAUUCAGAGCUCUCGAGCGUUCAGAAGGAGGAGAAGAAAAAGUUCCUCAACGUCAUCAUCAAAGCCGACUUCUCCGGCACCGUCGAAGCUGUAGUCGGAGCUAUCUCCACCAUCGGAAACUCGGAAGCUGGCGUCAAGAUCAUCUCAGCCUCUCCCGGAGAACCGUCCGAAUCAGACAUUGCCAAAGCCGCCGCUCUCUCCGCUACCAUCAUCGGGUUCAACGUGACCCCGUCCAAAACCGUACUGCAGUCCGCCGCGCGAGCCCAACCGCACCCGGUACCCGUGAUCGUCUCGGACGUGAUCUACCGGCUGAUGGAGACCGUCUCUUCCGCGGUAUCCGCCCUGCUACCACCGACGAUGGAGGCGAGAGUCCACGGCGAAGCCACCGUCAGCCAGGUGUUCGAUAUCAACGUCAAGGGCAAGAGCUUCAAGAAGAUCGCAGGGUGCAGGGUGACCAACGGUACGAUUGCCAAGAGCAGCAACGUGAGGGUGGUCAGGGGUAAGGAGAGGAAGGAGGUGUACAGGGGCAGGUUGGAUCAUUUGAAGCAUGUGAAGAAGGAUGUGAGCGAGAUGAGGAAGGGUACCGAAUGCGGGAUGAGCUUUGAGGGGUGGGGGGAGCUGCUGGAGGGAGAUGUGGUGCAGUGUUUCAGCGAGGUUGAGGUUGCGAGGAGUUUGUAG